UUUAGAGUGCGCUGCUCCGCGGAUCCGUGCAACUGAGAAAUCGAGACACCGAGAUAUCGACCAUCGCGACCGAGCGUUCCUCUUGAUAGCCACACUCACACAAAGCGAACACUAUGCCUGGCAUCUGAACUGCCCUCGAAAGGAUACUUAAAACUACCAAGUGCUUGUGAUAUAUAUCGAAAAUCUACAUUUUUUUUUGCGUGCUUCGGCUACCGAAAAAGCUCCAAAGUGGCGGAGAAACGCAAAAGUCCGCCCACGCCGCCGCCCGCGUCGCAGCGUCGCAAGUCGAACAGCGGCUCCCCGAUCUCGCCCAGCGACAUGACCACCUCGGCCACCUCCCUGGAGAGGACGCCCUCGAAGCGGGAGCGGGACCGCGAGCGGGACAACAGCAGCGGCCUGGGCAGCGCCGGCAGCUUGCCCGCCUCGCCGCAAAGUGCGAUCACCGUGAGUCCCUCCUCCCCAGCCACGCCCAAGCGGCCCCUGCGCACCUCUACGCCCUCGCUGGAGCGGGAAAAGGAGCGGGAGAGGGAGCGGGAAAGGGAGCGCGAACGGGAACGGGAGCGGGAUCGCGAGGAGCGGGACAGAGAUCGCGAGCGAUCCGCCAAGGUCUUCAGCACCGCCAGCACCACCGUGCCCACGAAUACGAGCUCCAGUUCCGGCUUGGCGCCCGAACAGCUCCGGAUUCCCACGGGAGCGGCGGCCUUCAGCGGAUUCCCGGGACUCCACAGCAUGAGCAGCCUGAUGGUGCCGUCGUCGGCGGCCGUCGCCGCCGCUGCUGCCGCCCCCUUCCUGCCCUGGUCGCCCAUCCUGCUGCCGCCGUGGAGCCACGCCCUCCUGCCAGCCGCCUUCUAUCCGGCGGCCCUGCGAAACGCUCUGCCCGGCUUGUUCGAUGCAAAGGUGCCGUCGUCGCAGCGCUCUGGCUUCCACAUAUCGGACAUCCUGAAUCUGGAGGGCUCCGAGCUGAAGAAUGCCGCUGCUGCCGCGGCCGCUGCCGCCCAGCAUGGCAGUGACCUGAGCCACCACUCGGCCAGCGAGUCCACCAAUGGCCACGGCGGUCAGGGAGGACCCCAUGCCACGCCCUCGGCGCUCUCGCCCACGCCCGCGGGCGGCUCGGUGGACGAGCACCACAACGGCAGCGGGACGGGCGGUGGCGGCUCGGAUCACCACAGCACCACCGAGCACCAUGCCCAGCAGCAGCCGCCGAGCCACCCACAGCAGCAGCACCACCCGCACCACCACCACCAGCAGCAGGCGGCGCACCACCUCCAGCAGCAGCACCUCGCGCACCACCAGCAGGCGGUGGCCCCACUCCCACUGGCCCACCACCAGGGCGGGCCAGACGCCCAGAGCCACGCCCAUGCGAACGCAGCCGCCGCCCACCUGCUGGCCAGCCACAACGCCGCGGCUGCAGCAGCGGUGGCCGCCGGCCAAUACCUGCCCAAUCUGCCCAAGAACUUCCCGGGGAGCUUCGGGGACGAGAUGUCCUCGUACCACCACAUGGCCCAGACCAUGCUCCAGCACUCGGGCAGGAGCGCGUGGAUCAAGGAGAACGAGCUAUACGGAACCCAGCAGCCAGCCAGUCCGGACAGCACUUCACCGGUCACCUCGGAGGUGUCCUACACCUACAUCGGCUCCAAUUGCCAGACCUCGCCGGCCCUUUCCGGCGACUACAAGAGCUACAGCCGGUCGGCGGACAGCGAUGCACUGUCCGUGGGCGAUGCCCUCCACUCCCUGCACGGCUCAUCCUCGGCCAAUCAAGGAGGAUCCGGUGGUGCUCCCUCGGCGGCCCAUGCCCUGCACAACAAUAACAACAAUACGAAAAACAACAACAACAACAGCCUGAAGCACGAGGGGAUCAACGGAGCAGGUAGUGGCCACGACGACAGCCUCAAUGAGGACGGCAUCGAGGAGGACAUCGACGACGUGGACGAUGCCGACGGCAGUGGCGGCGGAGGAGCCAACGGAUCCGACGGCCUGCCCAACAAGAAGCGGAAGCGUCGCGUUCUCUUCACCAAGGCGCAAACGUACGAGUUGGAGCGCCGUUUCCGGCAGCAGCGCUACUUGAGCGCCCCGGAACGGGAGCACCUGGCCAGCCUGAUCCGCCUGACGCCGACGCAGGUGAAGAUCUGGUUCCAGAACCACCGCUACAAGACGAAGCGGGCGCAGAACGAGAAGGGCUACGAGGGUCAUCCGGGUCUGUUGCACGGCCAUGCCACCCAUCCGCACCAUCCGAGUGCUCUGCCCUCGCCCCGUCGGGUGGCCGUGCCGGUGCUGGUGAGGAACGGCAAGCCCUGCCUGGGCGAUGGCUCCAAGCUGGGAGCCGACUGCGUGUCCGUCUCCUCAGCCACCGCCACCGCCAUGCAGAACGCCGCCGCCGCUCAUCAUCUGGUGGCCCUGAACGGAGCAGCCGCCUAUCAACAUGCCGCCGCUGCUGCCGCCGGCCUUCACGCCCAUGCCCACGCCCAUGCCCAUGCGCACGCCCACGGCCACGCCCAUCCGCACGCCCACGCCCAGAGGGCGGCCUGGUGGCCCUAAUAUUGCUAGGAUGCGAUCCGAUCCGAUCCGAUCUGAUUCGAUUCGAUCCGAUAUGAUCUGAUCUGAUCUGAUCUGAUCUUCUCGGGCCUGGAGCCACUCGAAUAGGUGGAUAGAUGAACCCUUGGUGCAAUAAAUCAGAGGACCAGGCCCCCAAGAUCCCCGGAGAAGCCAAAAAUAACUAAAACCUAAAUAUAUUUGAUACAUACAUA